UCUCCGCUCGCGUAACGCUCCCUGAGCCUGCCGCAGAGGCGGCGGGGCUGAGCCGCGGAGGGGAUGGAGCUGCCACCAGCCUCGGCUCUCUUCCCCACAGCCCCAGCAUCGCCUCCCCUUGCCCGCCCGCGCCACUCCUUAGGCCGCACAGGGUGAUCCCGAGUCCGGGUGAGCAACAUCUCACCCUGGACUGGAGAAGAGGGCGGGCCAGGACCAAGGCACGGGGACUCCUCGCGUCCCGGGCGACCUGCGAGUCUCCCGAGCGUUGGGAGACCCCGAUCCGAUCGAAGCUACUUGCGCCCCUCCUCGUCCCCCGGGGUGGGGAAUCGGUGCGAGGCUCGGCGGCUGGGCCCCGGGUGCCCGGGUAGCCAAUGGCGGGCAGCGAUGUGGCGAGUGAGGGGCCAUCGCCGAGGGACGGCGCGACCCGGAGACCCGGGGCCACUGGAGGACUGCGUAGCCAGGCGGCCGCCAGCUGCCCUGAGCCGCUGUCCGCUGCUGAAGCUUCGGCCGAGCGCGGCGCGCUGCCCGCCUGGAUGCGCCUCUACUUCUACGGGAUGCACGGCAUCACCCUGGACGUGCUGGUAUCCUCUGCCAGGCGCUUCGCCCGCAGCCUGGAUCUGCGGAUGCUGGGCUUCUCUUCACCCUACCGCUGCCUCCUGCACUCACUCACCCACUUCGCCCUGGAGCAGCUCUACCUGCAGCGGCCGCGCUGCCCCAGCGCCUUCCUCUUCAAUUUCCUGCUCUACCCCUCUGCGCACGUCGGGCUGCAGACCCUGGCUGGCCAGGCGCUACGGCUCAGCCUAGGCGGCGGGCCGGGGGGCGCGGCAGCGCCGGCGCUGGGGGCGCUCGACCUGGCGCUGCAGUACGUGCUCGCGCUCUACCACGGCCAAGUGUUCCUGAAGGGCUUCCUGCGUUUGCGGUACCCGCGGCGGCGCGACCAGCACACCAGGGACACGCUACCUGCAGCCCAGGACGCCCAGAUCCUUUGGGAGGCUGGUGGCCAGCGACGAGGACCGGGUGGCCCAAGGGGCACAGAACGAUCUCCUACCCAGGGACUCCCGGACCUCCUCCGCUUCCUUUUCUUCGGAAUGCAUGGCUUUCUGGAUGAGAUCUUCUUCACCUUCUUCUUCAAUGUGCUGGGGCAGGGGGACAGGGCCAGCAGUGGCCACACAUCCCUCUGGUCUUUCUUCAUGUACGGAAGUUGUAGUUUCGUGGUGGAAAAACUCUACUUCCAUCUUCACUACAGCCGUGGCUGGGGCACGUGGAAGCGGGUGCCCAUCUAUGUGAUCUUCAUCUAUGCGUGGGAGUUUUCCUGGGGUCUGGGACUUCGUAUGUGCGGGGCCUGUUCCUGGGACUAUUCUCACUAUCCUCUUAACUUCAUGGGCCUCAUCACCUUGAUGUAUUUACCUGGUUGGCUAUUUCUUAGUGUGUACCAGGACCUACUGUCCAACGUGUUGUGGCGGGUGCAGUAUGUCCCAACGAACUAAGAUUAGAGGGGACAAAAAAGGAAGUAUUGGAAUCUGAAAAGCGAUGCAAUUUAUUUUUACACAUUUUAAACAAGGUGGUUUUGCUUUCUGUCUUCUAAGUUUUAUACACUUUACCAAACUCUGCCAAUAUGUGCUUGACAUUUUAGUUGUCUGCACUGCUUGGAAUCUAUAUGUAAAGUUCAAUACUUUGAAAUGUUACUCAAAAAUAACUCAGAAUAUUUAACUCAUCAACCAUCUAAACUUUACGAGGCCAAGCAGCAAACCCACUCGACCUUAACCUUAGGAACGGGUAGUAGUCACUUAACCUCGUUUCCUUUUACCUUCUUGCUAUGUUUACCAGUGGCGGCUGAAACUCCGCAUCUUGUCCUUCAGAAACUCCAGUCCACAGCUAUUAAAGUGCCUCUGUCCAGCGUGCAGAUGAGAGGAAGCUGGCAAGUGGGAAACCAUCCCGGGAACUCAUUUUGACAUGAGGAAGUCCUUCCUGUGAACCCCAACAGGUGACACUGUGUUGAGAUAUUUGAUCACCAUCUUGGAAAUGAUCUCUUUCCAAUGAUGGCUAGCCUUAAACACAAUGUGUGUUAACAUUAAUCAGACCAUGGUGUUAUCAAAACUUUUGUAACUGUGCAAUAACUUUCCUGUUUACCCUAUAUGUCCCAGGGCCAAAUGAAAUUAGACCACCUUCAAUCGUGUUCUAACUCUAAGGACCCUUUUCUACACAGAGUUUCAAAUAUAGAAACAGUACUUUGGAAUAAAAUGAAUCUGAAUUCUCCCUCUAAUUGCAUCAGGCCUAAUUGGUUUCUCUACUAACUGAUGGGGUUUUCUCCAUAUUUCUCCCACAGUCUGCCUUCUCUCUCUUUUUUUUUUUUUUUUUUCUCUCAGACCCAGAAUUUGGUGUCAGGCUGAUGCAGUAAUGCACCAUAUAAAUCCAUGAUAGCUUUUUGACAGCUUAUGAUUAAUUAAUGUCUAAAAGCUUCAAAGUUAAAUGAGAUGAUGGAAGCCACUCUAAGAAAUGAUAUCUAAUUGAUUAAUAAUGUACUCUGAGGGUGUUUGUUGUUUUAUUGUAUUCAGGACCGAGCAAGUAGGACCGAGAGCAGCUCAGCCAAGGAUGACUAAUAACCUCUCAGCUUUCAGUACAAAGAUAAUUAGGAAAACUUAGAAAGUUUCUUAAUGAGUUUAAAUCUUCCUCUUGCCUGUGUUGUAAAAAGGGAUGUUUUUGUUUCAAGAGAAAAGAAAAAGUUGCUAUGAAAAUAGAAAAGAAUGUGUAUUUACAUGUGAUGUGAGACACAGUUCUAAUAGUGUUAUAUCCACCCAUCGCCUGCGCUAAAUUAUAUGUAAUGCUAUAUAGUCAACUGCACCUGUGAGAUGGAUGAUGGCCAAGUAAUUCUUUUCAUCGGCCAAAAGUUAAAAGGCUCUAUGUCUACCAAAGGUUUCUCAUAAGUUGUUUGGGUUUUUUUGUUGAUGUUGUUUUGGGUUUUUAGUUGUUGUUGUUUUGUUUGUUUGUUUGUUUUGUUUUUAUGACAGUUUGUCACAGGUCUAAGGUUUUUGAAAAUGCUUGAGGGAAAAAUAUCUAAGUAGAGAUGGCAAAGCUAGACACUGGGCAAGGUAUUUGUACUUCAAACAUGACACGUGCAUGGGAGUCUGAGUUUAGUGUAUCACGGCUGCACAUCCCACAUUCCUGGGAAGGUUGGUCGAGUCAGCCCCAUGGCUGCUGAAAUGCUUAUUAAAUUCUCCGCACUCACCUCCUCCAUCUGCUGCAUUCAGAGCUACAGAGGAGCCCACUAGCCUUCUCUGACUCAGAAAACCCCGGUGUAGGGACACACGCCAUUUCAGUCUCCUUUUAAUAUUACCCCCAUCAGAAGGACGGAGCAAAGUUUUCACUCAUUAAACUUAUAUACCAGUACCCAGACAGUUGCCAGGACCACUUACACAGCAAUGAAGCACUGGACAAAUCUCUGUCCUUAUAAAGUGGGCAAUCUACUGUUUUGAUUUAUUUGAUUGGUGUUGGUGUUGGUGUUGCUCAAGACUGUUGGUGUUGGUGACUGGUAGUUGGAGUUGUAACUCUCAUCAGUCCUGUCCCAGGAAUACAAUAAUCUAUAAUUCUUAAAAAUUAACCCAGCUAACAGCCCCUCUGCCAGUUCUGCAGGUUGCUAGUUGUGUAUUCAGGAAGCCACUAGCCUGCCUGUCUGGUAACUCAGUGUGCUGUUUUAGGGCUUCUCACUUCGUGCUUGCUCCACUUCUUAAAGGAGACUUUUUGCUAUGAUCUUUGAACCUUCAAGAAAAGAAAAACAUCAGAUCGUUUAACUUUGUUAUUAUUAGUGGUUUAGAGAUGGAAAUGAUAAGACAGUAUGAUAGUUAAUAUUUAAAAAGCAUUUGCUAUCUGACAAAACUUCCCUAAAGUGUUUAUGUAUAUGUAUUAUAUAGAUAUAAAAUUGAGAACACAUUCUUAUAUACUAUGCCUUACGUGAAUAUACAUACAGUAUAUAUUUUAAGUACAUAUUCAUAUAUGUGUAUAUAUUCACUUAAACUUACAACAACCCUGAUUUUAUAGAUGAAGGCAAUAAAACUGAACCCCAAAUAGAUUCAAUAACUACCCAAGAUAUAUAGCUUUUGAGCAUAUAUUUGAAUUAAUGGAUGCUGGACUCCUCAGUUUGUUUUUAACAGCAGCUUGAUUGUGCCUCAGUCUAAUGGCCUCAGUGAUUUAGAUCUUGGCUGGACUGCACUUCCCUUGACUGUUAGAGAUGCACAGACAACUAUAUAGACAGCAGAUAUUGUUGUUGCAAAAGAUUCAUGUUGCUCUUUUAGUAUAUGGUACAUAACAAAUUAAUUAAUAUCAGGAUAAAUAACUGACAAUCAGCCUUCUUUUACAUUUAAAUAUAAUGCCUUUAUAUUUAAUCAGUGCUCUGAAAGGAAGCUCAUCAUAUAAGCUAAAUUAUCCACAACAUAUAAAUGUAAAACUAAUAUGCUAAGAAGCAAAGUAGGUCAUAUCACAAGGUAUGAAUACACAUAAAAUUAAUCACUGUUAUACAUUAAAUAUUGUACUUAAAGCAGAUAUCAAUGUAAGGACUAAACACACUCAAACUGAGAACAGUGUCAGCCAACUGUGGUGGCACACCACCCUAAUCCUCGUACUGAAGCUGCUGCGGCAGGAGGAUUGCAGAUUUGAGGUCACUCUAGGGCACAUAAGGAUAUCCUGCCUUUUAAAAGGACCCAUUUUUAAAAAGACAUUUAUUCAGAGUUCUACUGAGAAAAUACACUCUUAAUGGGAAAACAUAAAAGGAACAAGUGUGCUUAAUAUAUACAAUGUUGAGCUUUCUUUUUAGAAGUACUUGACAUUUUAAAUCAAUUCUAUUAAUUUCUGUGAAUCUAAAGAGGAAUAUAAGCUCUUGAAUUUUGAUGUUAACAAUAGAUACAGAAGUCCGGAUAUCAAAGAGAACCCCAAUAAAGUUGCUAAAUACAUUGCAUUACUUCAAGCAUUUCCGUUGUUCCGUGUACUUUAUUAUGUUGCCUUUUAAUAAUUGACAGUUCAUACUGCAACUUGGCAAGACACACAGUUUGGAAAGAUAUGCACUGUUUUGUUGUUGGAGAAACAUACCUAAUUGUCUAAUCCUAACUUCUAACAAAAAAAAAAAAAUUAAAGGAAAUUUUA